UCAUCCCAAAAAUGAUAUCAAACAAGAGUCCUACGAUUUGGGGACUCUUUUUUUUCUUCUUACUUUCGAUUUGAUCAUGAUUCAGAAUCCUUUCAGUUUGGUCAUGAAUUGGAAUUAUUUCUAUACGUAAUUUGAAAAGUUCGAUCUUUUAGUCUAAUUUCGAGGAAUGGAGAAGAAGAAUCUUGCGAUGAGAAGAAGGGUAGUGUUGGUUCCAGCUCCAGCACAAGGACAUAUAACUCCGAUGAUGCAACUCGCGAGAGCACUUCACUUUAAAGGUUUCGCUAUUACAGUUGCUCAAACCAAGUUCAACUACUUAAACCCUUCAACUGAUUUGUCUGAUUUUCAGUUUGUCACCAUCCCAGAGACCUUACCAGAGUCUGAGUUUAAUAAUCUUGGACCAGGAAGGUUUAUGGUUAAGCUAGCUAAAGAGUGUCAUGUUAGCUUUAAGGAGUUGUUAGGUCAGUUGUUGGUUAGUGAAGAAGAAGAGAUCGCUUGUGUUAUCUACGAUGAGUUCAUGUACUUUGUUGAACCAGCAGUUACAGAGUUUAAGCUUCGUAACGUUAUUUUAAGUACUACAAGUGCAUCAGCUUUUGUUUGUCGCUUCGUUGUGUGCAAACUCUAUGCUAAAGAUGGGUUGGCUCAACUUAAAGAAGGCAGUGGGCGAGAAGAGGAGCUAGUACCAGAGUUAGAUCCUAUACGGUACAAAGACCUGCCAGUUUCAGCAUUUGCAUCAGUAGAAUAUUCAGUGGAGUUGUUUAAGAAUACAUGUUAUAAAGGGACAGCUUCCUCUGUGAUAAUCAACACAGUAAGGUGUUUAGAUAUGUCAUCCUUGGAGUGGCUUCAACAAGAACUAGAAAUUCCGGUGUAUCCUAUAGGCCCUCUUCACAUGGCGGUUACAGCUCCUCCGACGAGUCUUUUAGAAGAGAACGUGAGCUGCAUAGAAUGGCUUAACAUACAAAGGUCGAGCUCGGUGAUUUAUAUAAGUUUGGGAAGCAUAAAUUCGAUGGAAACUAAAGAAGCGUUGGAAAUGGCUUCGGGUUUGGUUAGUAGUAACCAAAACUUCUUGUGGGUGAUCCGACCAGGAUCCAUACGUGGUUCUGAAAUGUCUGAGGAAGAGUUGUUUAGUAAGAUGAUAACAUUGGAUCGAGGUUACAUUGUGAAAUGGGCACCGCAGAAGCAAGUGCUUGCACAUUCUGCGGUUGGAGCGUUUUGGAGCCAUUGUGGAUGGAACUCGACUCUAGAAAGCCUUGGUGAAGGAGUUCCAAUGAUAUGUAGGCCUUUCACUGCUGAUCAAAAGGGGAAUGCAAGGUACUUGGAAUGUGUGUGGAAAGUAGGGAUUCAAGUGGAAGGUGAGCUAGAGAGAGGAGCGGUCGAGAGAGCUGUGAAGAGGUUAAUGGUUGAUGAUGAAGGUAUUGAGAUGAAGCGAAGAGCACUAAGUUUGAAAGAGAAACUCAAAGCCUCUGUUUUAGCUGCAGGCUCUUCACACAACUCACUUAAUGACUUCAUCAACACUUUGUGAACUUAUGAAUCUCAUGUUCCAAUGGAAUUUGACCUACAUGACAGUGGCAACCUCUGCAUAUUCCUAGGCACAAAUAAGGCUUUUUGCGUCUCCGCUACUGAUUAUCCUGGCCUACAUCCGUCUACUUUGGAAGUUUUGGAUCGGGCUUGGCUUCUACGACCUCGCACCCCUCACUCUCCAUGAUCUCACUGGUUCCGCCCCCAACUCUAUUCACUACAUGUGGCUUGCCCCUCUCCAGUAACUCUGUUGUAGCCUCUUUUUUAUUGCUUCUGAUUUUCUUUCAUGUUUUUUGUUUGACGACUAAGUGGUGUUUUAGAGAAGAACUAGUGGAUUA